AUGCAGGAGACCACAUGUCUAUGGGGCAAUCCAACAAAAAAGCAACUCUUGGAUGUCCCUACCGCCCGGGUCCGGCUGGGGUUUCAAGUAUCUUUGGCAGGCAAUGACCCAGCAGCGAACUCGCGACCAUGUCACGGGGAAGGUCGUCGUCUCCUCCGUCAUGCCUGUGUGAAGACGUCAUGGCAGCAUCUUCAAUAUGUCGUCGCCUGCAACAGAUCACGACCACGACCCCCCAAACUACGACACUGCCCUCCGCAAGCUGACGUCCACCGGAGUAAAAAGCUGUCGUCCGGACAUCAUGCUGACAGACAGUUUCCUGGCCAGCUGUCGCCAACUGUCAAGCUGACAGACAGUUUCCUGGCCAGUUGUCAUCCAACUAUCACGCUGACAGACAAGGGCGAUGCUGCAGCAGCAGCCUACACACCCAUCUUCACCUUGCGUCCUCAAGAAGUCAACACUGUCUCUGUCACUCUCCCUCACGACAGAUCCAAGCCACCACAACGUGACAUCAAGUCUGCGGUAUCAGCCAGGUGCUUAGAUACCCGUAAGGCUAUCAUAAUCCUACGAGCUUUAAGCGGAGAGAAAAGUUGUCACAGUGAAAGCUUGUUUUGUACCUGUGUCUUCAGCAGUGUUGGUGGUGUUGGCAGGGUGGCGGCCCAGGCUCAGGAAGGGUCUCAUUUACAAGCUCUGGUCGAUUUCCUAGUGUCUGUGUCCAGCGGCUCCCAGGUCUAUUUUAUCCAUGACUUCUCCGUUACAGGUAACUCCUUAUUAAUAUUUUUUUUUCUUUAUCGGGAAUAUAACGAUAUAAAAAAUUGGGAAUUUUGUGGAUGGGAAGGGUCGAUGCAUGAAGGAGCGAACACCCUGACCGGCCCGCCACUCCUACUUUCCGUACCUCAUACAUCUAGCAUUAAGACAUUUUUUUGUGUGACAGACACUGGAACGUUAGUGGAGGCGUGUUGCCAGAGGCUCCGGGAGGUGAUGAUCUUCAAUUACACCCAGGAGCUGACGGAGGUACAAGCUGUAAUUAAGUCUUAUCAACAAGUGAAGGGUCUCAGAAAUAUCAUCGUAGUCUGUUCCCACCUCCACACUCUUCAUAUCUUCCAACAGGUAAGGGCUCGUUCCCUGGAGUCAGCUGGAGUGUACUGGUAUGUUGUCCUGAACGAGGAUGUUAGUGAUGGUAUCCUCCAAACCCUGAGGGAGGGCACUCAGAUGUCACUGGCCGUGAGGAGAGACGUGGGAGAGUACGAACUGUUGUCGUCUUACGUCGACCGGAGUAGCAAUAUCAAGCUUGAGCAGGUGGGGUGGUGGAAGUGGACUUCCUCCGAUGGAUCUAAGACUUCCCUCUGCCGGCCCCUGUAUCGCCCCCUCAGCCAGAUCUACAGCGACUUCGGCGGGAGGGAGCUGAGGGCAGCAGUAGCCGACAACUGGCCUUACUUCCAGGUGACGAGACAGCCAGACGGGACCCUCCCGCCAUUCUCUGGGAUUGACUACACUCUCAGCACCAUCGGUGGCAAACUCAACUUUACGUUCCGGCUGGUGGAUGACAUAGACGGCCAGUGGGGAGGAGUGUUGGCCAACGGUACCAUCACGGGUAUGGUCGGUAUUGUGGCCAGACACGAGGCUGACGUGGCCAUCGAUGAGAUAACCAUCACAGGUCCUCGAGAGGUGGUGGUGGACUUCACUAUGCCUUACUACCUCGAGUCUACUACGUUAGUCUCGCCAGCACCCAAAGAGAAGAACAGGGCCUUCGCUGUCUUCUCUCCCUUCACGUCUCAGUUAUGGCUGCUGGUUUGUGUAGCAACCCUUGGCAUGGGUCCGGUGUUGAGUGUAGUGAGUUGGAUAAGAGAGCACUUCACAGAAGACGAGCCACAUCGAUCCCUACAGACCUUCUCAUUUAACUCGUUUCGUGUACUCGUCGUUCAGACCAAUCUUAUCAUCUCUCAGCGCUGGGAACUCCGCAUCAUAUUCUUCGCCUGGUAUUUCUUCUGCUUCGUUAUAUACGCCAUGUACUCUGGAACCUUGACUGCCGUUCUUGCGUUGCCAGCUUACGAGAAACCUAUAGACUCUCUCACGGAUUUACUCUAUGCGGUGAAGUACAUGAAAUACAAGCCAGUGGUCGUGCUGGGCACCAGCAAUGAGUUCGUCUUCAAGGAGGCCAAGAGUGGUAUCUAUAAGGAAGUGUGGGACGUGUUCGACCCUCGUGUUGGCUACGCUGCUACCUACAGUGCUGGCAUGGACAAGGUUAUGAGUGGGAAGUAUGUGUUCUUGAACGCUCAGCUGGGCGCUGAGAUCCGCGCAGUUAUCAGAGGAAGGAAGAAGUUCUACUUCGCCAAGACCUCCUUCUAUCCUCAGGGCUACGGCAUCGUCUGCACUAGCGGCUCGCCCUUCAAGGAUGUCCUAAAUGAGAUACUAUCUCACAUCAGCGAUUCAGGUCUGGUGCAAAAAUUUAUGAAAGACGAAAUCAGGAAAGUGUCCAAACGUGAGAAAGCCACAGAGGGUGGUCCAGGAGCUAUCACCAUCACGCACUUACAGGCAGCGUUCUUCCUGUUGGGAUUUGGUUUCCUGCUGGCUGGCUUCACCCUUCUGCUGGAGACGCUGAUACACUCUCUCCCCGCUAUCUUCGCCAUGGUGACGAUGUGGGGACAACCCCCAAAAUCACCUUUUUAUGGGCAACUGAAGCCUCGAAAGAAUAAAGCUCCACAGUAAACAAUAUACAUUCUGGUCAGAAUCAAAGACUUUUCUAAAUCAAGAGUUGCUGGUUCUUGAAUGUUACAUGGCAUAAGAUGCUUCUCUAAUAGAUUAGUAUAUUGUGUAUGAAACCCUUGUGGGCCUAGCGCUUAAUUUUGAUUGUAAUCAUAAUAAUUCAUGUAUGAAUAAAAUAUAUUGUUAGUGUUAAAUAGAGAGAUUCGCCUAGUUCUCUCUGGAGAUGUGCUUUCUCAUAUAGAAUUCAUUUAAUAUGAUAACAAAUGUAAUAAUAGCGACAGACUUCGACACUGAUUUUUUUUGACCACAGGAUACCUUACUGAAAGGAUUCUUAAGAGAUGAUUUUAACCGUGCACACAGAUUUGAUCUUACUAUAUUUCACUUGCCUGCAUUCCUUUGUAAAUGUCUCUUAAUGGAGUUACUUUGCGAUUGGCUACAGCAACACUGUUAACCAACUCCUCCAGAAGUGACAGCAGUAUUUUUCAAAGCUUUAUUCACAAUGACUUUUAAUGGGAAGAAACUUAAUAAACCGACCCACAAGACCCUUAGAAGUCAUCACUUUCUCAGUAUUUUCUGAAAUAAAACAGUGAUUAUAGUUAUUUUAUUAUACAGAACAGAACAAAAUAAAUUGCAAAAUUUGGACCAUGCUAGACACUUAUAUUCGUUCGAAAAAAAGAGAAACUCGUUGACAUCGCUGUAAUCUACCAUUACUCACGGAAUGUCAUAAUAUUAUAUGUAUGUAAUUUAUGCAAAGGCAUAUUAAUAACGUGUAUAUCAAAGGUGUUUGGUUUAAGCAGUUUCUCACAAUGUUCUAAAAAUAAAUUGUUUUCUUAGUUUUCUCAUUCGUAGUUUAAUAUCUUUAUUGUGGACCCCCCAUACCCAUCCUGUGAGCGGUGGUUAAAAAGAUUACAGAGGUACAUAAUGGGUCAGGGACUAGGCUGCGAAGUUUUGACAGUAGAACAAGUUACAAAGGUAAUGAACAAAUCAAUAUAUUUUGUUGAAUUAACGUUUUUUUUUCACCAUAACCGACCUAACAACCUCGCCUAACAUUACUUAAACUGCUGAAAUAUAAUUCAGCUUAAUUUUACCCAACCUCUCUCUCUUAGGUCAGAAUAAGUUUUGUUAGUAUUGUUCGACAUGAUUAAUAAAAUAUAAUAAUUUCGUAAUGUUUAGACCAGUUAUCAUAUAGUUGUUGAGUCAAUGAAAUUAAUACCCUCGGCUUGUUGGCACUAAGUAAAUGUAUUUAUGUACUUUUACAAAAUUGUUGGUUGAUUACAAUUGUCUUACAUAGCAACACAUGGGUGAAUUUCCCAGAACAUAAAAUGUUGAAAUGUCACUUACAGGUUUUAAAAAUCGCUUCGGCAAAAUAUCUACAUUAAUAAAGUAAGUGUAUACUCAAGUAUCACAAUUUAUUACUCAAAUAUUUACAUAUAAUAAAGAGAAGUACUGAACUGUAUUUAAUUAUUAAACCCGUUUGGGCCAUUCAGCUCAGUUUCACAGGAUAUAUAUACAUUGAGGAGUAUAUCUCUCAGUGUAUGUAUAAUGAGUUUUCUUUAAUCCCUAUUUUAUGGAUUAAAGUUUUGUUGUCUGGUAAUGAAUAGGUUACCGUGCAGCCUUAAUGACCCUCGUGCAGUCGACAGACUUUAAACUCCAUUAAUCAGCCCAGCUCAUGGAAUGGUGGAGCCUUGAUCCUACAACCGGUAAUCGCGUUCUGGGCUCUACGUGAGAUAUGCAACCUUUUAUGUACUCGCAACUCCAUUAGCUAAGUUGUAAGGAAUGUAUAUUAACACUACCUGGAGAGGGUGGCGGGGGUCAACGCCCCCGCGGCCCGGUCUGUGACCAGGCCUUAUGGUGGAUCAGAGCCUCAUUAACCAGGCUGUUACUGUUGGCCGCACGCAACCCAGCGUACGAACCACAGCCCAGCUGGUCAGGUACUGACUUGACGUGCCUGUCCAGCGCCUUCUUGAAGACAGUCAGGGGUCUAUUGGUAAUCCCCCCUUAUGUAUGCUGGGAGGCAGUUGAACAGUCUUAGGCCCCUGACACUUAUUGUGUUGUCUCUUAUCGUGCUAGUGGCGCCCCGGCUUUUCAUUGGGGGAUGUUGCAUCAUCUGCCGAGUCUUUUGCUUUCAUAGGGAGUGAUUUUCGUGUGCAAGUUUGUUACUAAUCCCUCUAGGAUUUUCCAAGUGUAUAAUCAUGUAUCUCUCCUGCCUGCGUUCUAGGGAGUACAGGUUGAGGAACUUUAAACGUUUCCAGUAACUGAGGUGUUUUACGGCAGUUAUGUGUGCCGUGAAGGUUCUCUGUACAUUUUCACCUGCCUUGAAAGGUACUUUAGUGUGCAGCAAUAUUCCAGCCUAGAUAGAGCAAGCGACUUGAAGAGUGUCAUUAUGGGCUUGGCAUCCCUAGUCUUGAAGGUUCUCAUUAUCCAUCCUGUCAUUUUUCUAGCAGAUCCGAUGGAUACAAUGUUGUGGUCUUUGAAAGUGAGAUCCUCAGACAUUAUUACUCCCAGGUCUUUAACACUAGUUUUUCGCUCUAUUGUGUGUUUCGAAUUUGUUUUAUACUCAGAUAUGGUUUUAAUUUCCUCGCGUUUUCCAUACCGUAGUUGAAAUUUCUCACCAUUGAACUUCAUAUUGUUUUCUGUGGCCCAUUUAAAGAUUUGGAUGAUGUCCACCUGGAAUCUUGCAGUCUUCAAUGGAGAACACUGUCAUGCAAAUUCGGGUGUCAUCUGCAAAGGAAAACACAGUGCUGUGGCUUAUAUCCCUAUGUCCGAUAUGAGGAUGAGGAACAAGAUGGUAGCCAGUACUAUGCCUUAUGGAACAGAGCUUUUCGCAGUAACCGCCUCAGACUUUACUCUGUUUGCUACUAUUCUUAGUGUUUUAUUUGUUAGGAAAUUACAGAUCCAUCUACCAACUUUUCCUGUUAUUCCUUUGUCACACAUUUUGUGCGUUAUUACACCAUUGUCACACGUGCCAGAGGCUUUUGCAAAGUCUGUGUACACUACAUCUGCAUUUUGUUUGUCUUCUAGAGCAUCCAGGACCUUGGCAUAGUGGUCCAGUAGUUGGGACAGACAGGAGCGACCUGCUCUAAUCCCAUGUUGCCCUGGGUUGUGUAAAUGAUGGGUAUCUAGAUGAGUGGAGAUCUUGCUUCUUAGAAGCCUUUCAAAGAUUUUUUAUGAUAUGGGAUGUUAGCGCUAUCGGUCUGUAGUUCUUUGCUCUUGCUUUACUGCAAGGGCUCUUCAUCCUUUCCUUGGAUCGAACCUAAAUUCCUCACAUUCCUCAUUC